GGGUUCUGAUCAAGCAGGAAAGGAGAAAGCAAAAGGAAUAUUUUGAAAAGAAAAAGUUAAAAUCAAAAAUGAAAUUACUGGGGGUUUUAUCCCCUGUCAAAAAUUCCACUGUCAGUUUAGACCUCCUUAACUUGUAUAUGGUAAAUCACAUAUCUUGCCAGAAGAAAACACCUGAAACUGUGAGAAAACCAACCCAUGUGAAUAUGCAUAGAGAUAUAAAAAUGCCCUUAAGAAAGCAUGAUUUAGAACUUCCAAUGUCACCUCACUAUAUACCAUCUAAGCUCUGCAUUGAUGAUGUAGAAAACAAACUAGGCAACAAGAAAGAACUUGCCCCAGUUCAGUUGUCACAAGUAAUGGACUCAGAAAGAAUGUUUGAACCUCAGUUCAACAGAAUAGAAAAUUGCAGUUUUACUCCACCAUCCUUCGCAGCAGAGUUAUCUUCUAACAGAAAUAUUACAAAACAAAAUUUCAUUCCCAGAACAGCACCUAGUCCUCAGAAAGUUGCAUAUGAAAAAAAGCAGGAUGAGCAGCUCAUUAAAGUUAAUUAUUCUAAUAGUUUGGUUUCCAAAUUAAAUGAAAAUCAAGAUGCUCUCAGUCCAUCAUAUAAAACAGCACAAUUUGGGUCAUUAUUCGAAAGAUUAAACAGUCCAAGAAAUAGGAAUUUCCUUACUGGAAGACCUGUUAGAGUUAUGGGUGAAGAUUGUGGAAGCAUGAAUGAGCAAAGACAAACAGACUUUAUUACUGAAAAACAAUCAGUACAACCUAUUUGGAGAGAAAAUAGAAGAGAGGUUUCAAAUUUUCUUGAAGACAUGAACCAGCCAACAGCCAGCCUUAUAUCAGAGAAUUGUAACUCUUUUAUUAGUGAAAAUAUGAUCAAUUUAUUAAACACAGAUCAACAGAGGAUAAAGAAAACCUUUGACAAGUGUGGUUAUGACAGUAUGGGAGAUAAUUGCGCAAACACAAGUUCUGAUAAAAAUCAUUCAGCUGGUCAAUGCAUUAGAAGUAUUUUUACAGAUCCAGAGUUGACUUUUGGUUGUUCGACUUUUAAUGAAACACAUUAUCCAGAGAGGUGUCAGCCAAACAAGAAGUAUCAGAAAGAGUACAACAAUAAUGAAAGAAAUACUUUUACUAUAUCUUUUAAGAAGGAUUGUUGUAUAGCCAGCUCUGAAAAUAAAGGAAAAUUUGAAAGUGAUUGCCAAGAGAAGACACCACAGAAUGAAAUCCAGAAACAUCCGGUGAAUUAUAUGGGUAAUAUCUCUUUGGAAGGAUUGCAUUCUAAUCCAUCAUGGGACUUGGGAUUUGGUGAGAUUCCGAUGGAAGAAGGAGGAACUUUUUCUUUAAAAGACAUGCCAACAUCUAAGAAAAUCUAUCUUGAUUCUUCACAGAGUAGUCAAUGUACCAGUUAUUCUCCAAGGCCAACAGAUAGUUGCUUCAGUUCUAGUUCAGAAAUGCUAUCUGAAGAAGAAGAUAAAAUAUUGCAGCACGUUGAAGAAUCAAAUAGGAGAGCCAUCAGAACCAAACAAAUAACUAGUAAUUUUUAUCCAGAAAGGAUGCCAAAAUCUCCAUGUGAUGGGAUUAUUAAAAACAAUGCCAAAAUUCAUGAACAAAAUGAGAAUCUUCACCACGUCUCAAUGAAAGAUAAUACAGAUCAGUGUCCACAGUCUCAGUGUAAUUCAGCACACAAUUCGCAGAAUAUAACCAGUAAUAACUGCAUUCUACAGGUUGCAAGAUGUGAUGCGUGGGUCCAGACAGACAGUGAACCUGUAAUGGAAAAAAAAUUAGAUGCUGCCAUACAGUGUGAUAUAAUUUCAUAAUGUAAAUGUAGAAGCAAUGUGUCUUUGUAAUGUUGAAAGGUGCAGUGAAAAUAUUAAGGCAGAUACCACUGGAGGGCAGGAAAUCCUUAAGAACGACUAAUAUUCUAAAAUUUCAGCCUGAGUCUUAGCAUUUUACUUAAUGUUCAGAAUUUCAUUAAUGUAAUAAGGAAUGAGAAUAUGUAGCCAAGCACAAGGUAAAAGUAUUUAUGGCUUGUUUUAAAACAUUUUAAUUUUAAUGUAUACAUUAAUUUUACGUAUAUAUUUCUUUAAACACAUAUGUAGCUAAUCUUCAAGAUAUACAUAUUAUAUCUUCAAGUUUUUGGGAAAAUACGUAUGUAAAUUUACUGUCUAUAAUUCUCAUGGUGAUUAUUAUGAUCUAUUUAUGGAUAAAGUAUGUUUAAUUGCC